AUGGCGGCCAUGGUGCUGGGCUUGGGGGUGGCCGGGCUGGUGCUGCUAUACGCGCUGCCGCGUGGCCGCGCCUUCGCGCCGGGCCUGCUGGUCGACUUCUAUUGCCUGGCACUACUCACUGCGUGCAUCGAGCUGGUCGUGGAGUGGAUCCUGGCUAACAUGGCCGGCGAGACCAAGAAGUCUGCCAUCAUAGCGCUGUUCAACGCGGCCUCGGCGGCCGGUGCCAUCGUCGGCCCGUUGCUCUUCGGCCCGGCCGACGGCCCGCGGCCCGGAGUGGCCGUCUUGGCGCUGCUGAACGUGGCGCAUGCCCGCAUCGCCAACGGCAAGGACGGCCGCAUCCACGCCCACUCAACGGAAGACCGGUACGUGGACAUGCGGGCGCAACACGCGGACACCGUGGGCAGCCGGGCAUUUGCCGGCCGGACGGAAUGCGAGAACGACCAGUUCGUGUGCGCCUACUAG